GCGCCUCGGGGGCGCGCAUCCCUCCCUUCUCAUAGAUGGUGCUGAAGUGUGUUUGUGUGUCUUGUGUGGGUCCUCCAAGUGGGUUGGCACUGAGGCUGUGUGACAGAAAAGGAGGCUGUGUGUAGAGUGUGGAGUGCUUAAGUGUGUGUGUAUUUGUGUCAGAGAAAGCCAGAUCAGCCCCAGGCGCCUCCGACGUCGGGCAAAUCCAGCCCCAAAGGCUGCUUGGGUUUUUUCUCCUUUGGGUUCCCAUCCUCCGAUCCACUCCGGAGUCGAUCCCGAUCUCGUGAAGGGCUUGGUCGCGGGGGUGGCUGGCUAUAUGGACCCCCAAAAAAGUCGCCUAGGAUUUUGUCCAGCUUGGGGGUCUCUUCUGGGGACGACGCCCCCUUAAAAAGACUCACCCGGAGCCCGAAAUGAAACGGGCCAGGAUGCGGAUGCUGCUCUGCCUAGCCUCAUGCUGGGCCUUCCUGGGGCUGGUGGAAGGCUGCCCAGAGCCCUGCGCUUGCGUGGACAAGUAUGCCCAGCAGUUUGCUGACUGCGCCUACAAGGACCUGGCCACAGUGCCUUCAGGCCUGCCCUCCAAUGUGACCACCUUGAGCCUCUCUGCCAACAAGAUCUCCUCCUUGAGCCGAGGCUCCUUCGUGGAGGUGACCCAAGUGACCUCUUUGUGGCUGGCCCACAACCGAAUCGCCUCCUUGGAAGAAGGCACAUUGGCCAUCCUGGGCCAGCUGAAGAACCUGGACGUGAGCCACAACCUGAUUGUGGACUUCCCUUGGGGGGACCUGGGCAACCUUAGUGCCCUCCAGCUCCUGAAGAUGAACAACAACCGCAUGGCCUACUUACCUGGAGGGGCCUUUCGAGCCUUGAAGGACCUCCGAUCUCUCCGCAUCAACAACAACCGCUUCACCACCGUUGAUGAGGGCACCUUUGACCCCCUGACCUCCCUGUCCCACCUCCAGAUCUACAACAACCCUUUUGAGUGCUCCUGCCGGCUCAUGUGGCUGAAAAACUGGACCCAGAACACCUUGAUCUCCAUCCCAGAAGGGGACUCCAUUGCUUGCGCCUCUCCAGAACAUUGGAAGGACCUUCCUUUGGCCAAGAUCCCUUACUUGCACUGUGUGGCCCCCAUGGUCACCUUGAGCUACCAACCCAACUUUGACCGGACCCCUCUUUCCUAUGGUUUGGCCCUCACCUUGCAUUGCCAAGCGUCUGGGUUGCCUCAACCUGAGCUUCGUUGGCAUCUCCAGACCUCCUCAGGCCAAAUUUGGGACUUGCCAAGUGGAGGAGGACCUGGGAAUGGUACUCAAACCAGGAGCAACCAUUUGCCUUCAGGAGUAGGAGAGGUUGGCCAAUUCCAGGUUUUUAGCAAUGGCACCUUGGCCAUUGCCCACCUGAGCAAGAAGGAAGAAGGCAACUACACUUGUUUGGCCACCAAUGAGAUGGGCAAGAACCAAAGCUCAGUCCACGUCACUGUGGCUGACACCCCCAAAGACCCCAAAGACUUGGGGGAGGCUGGGGGAGAGUGGAAACCUGACCUCAAAGCCUCCAAGAAUAGUGUCAUGAAGCCAGAAGAGAGGACCAAGUUCUCCAGACCCACCAUAACUCGGAAUGACCACCCUUCGCCAUCAGGGGGCACCCUCCAGAAUAGCAGUAAUGGUCGAGGUGGGUUGGGGGGAGCAGAAGAAGGCUCACCAUUCCAGCCUCCCCAUUUUGAGAAGCGCUGUGGCCCCAAUGGAGGACCUCGAUACAUCUCCAACCAUGGUUUCAACCAAAGCUCAGAGAUGAAGUCUCAUGCUUUUGACUUGGGAGUCAUCACCUUGGAUGUCUCAGAGAGGGAAGCCAAGGUCCAGAUCACUCCUAUUUACACCCAACCAGAGAAAGCCCACCUGAGGAGGCUCUACCUGUGUGAGGAGAAGCCCAGAGGUCGACCAUCCUUGGUCCAAUGGUCCCAGAUCGAGGAAGGGGUCAAUGCCUACUGGUUCCAAGGCCUUCGUCCUGGCACCAAUUAUUCUGUCUGUAUGACCUAUGCUGGAGAGGACUGUCAGGUCCAGGUGGUCUUCAGCACCAAGAAGGAGGUCCCAUCCCUCAUCAUCAUCGUAGUGGUCAGCAUCUUCCUCCUGGGCUUGGCCACUGUCCCAUUGCUGGGGGCCACCUGUUGCCACCUUCUCUCCAAGUACCAAGGAAAGACCUACAAGCUCAUCAUGAAAGCCCAGAACCCGGAUCAGAUGGAGAAGCACAUGGCUGCUGAUUUUGACCCCAGGGCUUCCUACUUGGAGUCAGAGAAGAAUUAUGACCCAAGCAGGGAAGGGGUGGAAGAGGAAGAGGAAGAGGAGGAAGAAGAGGAAGAGGAAGAGGGAGCAGGAAGAGGAGGAGAAAGGAGAAGAGUAGCCACCUUGGAUAGUCAGCUGGCCAGGGAUGAAAGCAUGGCGGCCAGCUCCUUGGCUGAGUCCCAAUCCAAAACCAACCCAGAGGAAUUUGAAGUGGGCUCUGAAUACAGUGAUCGGCUCCCCUUAGGAGCAGAGGCAGUCACCAUCUCUGAAGAGAUCAAUGGCAACUACAGGCAACCCAGUCGUUGAGGAAUACUAGAGCUCCCAGGCUGGCCAAGGCUUUGCCACUGAAUUGAUGGACAACUGGGCACGCUAUUCUAGGCCAUGGGGGCAUCGAGGGCUGAGCAGCCAGGAGGCCCAACCAAUGGGGCAGACUCUACGGGGCAGAGAUGGGAGGAGAAGGCAGUUCAGAUCCUCUCCAGCACAAGUUGGAUUUCUUAUGGGUGUUUUUUCUUAACAUGGUCUCUCCCCUUAAAUUGAGGCAAAGAAAGGUUAUUCUUUUAAGCUGACUUUCUUGGGAUGUUAUUCUUUUUAAAAAACACGUUUCUCCUUAAAUUGAGACAAAGAAAGGAUAUUCUUUUAGGUUGACUUUCUUGGGGUGUUUUUCUUUUAAAAGGUUUCUCCCCUUAAAUUGAAACAAAGAAAUGAUAUGCCUUUAAGCUGACUCUCUUAGGGUGUUUUUCUUUUCUUUUCAAAAAAGGUUUCUUCUCUUAAACUGAGGUUGCCCAGACCCCCUCCGUCACAGUCUGUUUUUCUUAUUAAAGGUUUCGCCCCUUCAAUUGAAACAAAAAAAGGCUCUGCCUUUGAGUAACUGGCACUGUGUGCCUUCACAGUCCUUUACGACUUAUGGUCACCCUUAAGGCAAAGCUAUCAUGGUGUUUGUUUUUUCCUUUGGGUUGAGAAGGUGUGACUCGCCCAAGGUCACCCAGGAGUUUCCAGGGCAGAGCAGGAGGACUUCAACCCUGAAGUCUUAGUCCAAACUCUCCAUUUCAAACCAGGGCACCUGGUUGGCUUCUGGAGUAAUUGUAGCCUGAAGAAAUUCUCCUUCCCUCUAUCUAUCUAUCUAUCUAUCUAUCUAUCUAUCUAUGUCCUGCUUAUGUACUUAUGUAUCUACUUCUCUCUCUCUCUCUCUCUCUCUCAUCUAUCUGCCUACGUAUCUGCUUACCUACCUAUGUAUCUCCCUGCCUACCUACCUACCUACCUAUCUAUCAUCUGCCUAUGUAUCUGUCUACCUACCUAUGUACCUACCUACCUGCCUACCCAUCUGUCUGCCUGCCUACAUAUUUGCCUACCUACCUACUUACCUAACUACAUAUCUAUCUAUCUAUCUAUCUAUCUAUCUAUCUAUUAGCCAGCCUUUGGAAAGGGGGAGGAG